AUGAGAUCGCUACAAUAGAUUCCGAAAGUAACUAAAAAGGUUAUUAUUAUAAAUCAGAAGUAAGUAUAUGAUAAUUUAUUUAUAGAUCAAAUAUGAUUAGUGAAAAUAAUAAUCUUUAGAAUAUUCAAAAUAUUUAAGUAAAUAAUACUGACAGAAAGAAUUUAUAUAAUGAAGAACAACUUCCAAAAUAAUUUGAGGGUAUUUGAUUAAGUUAAAAUAGAUAACAUGCAAUUUGAUAGUCAAUAAUCCAUUUAGGAAAUGAUGAUUUUGUAUUAAAAGAAUUGUACCUAAUUAUAAGAAUUUUAAUCUUAAAUACAUGAAUUAAAAUAGAGAGUCUAAUUGAUUGAGUAAAAAUUUUAAGAAAUCGAAACAAUAAAUAAGAAAAAAAAGAAAAGGAGAACUGCAGCUGAAAUUGAUAAGAAUUUUAAAGUGUGUAUUAAAUAUAUUAAUUUUUUAGUGCCCUUAUAAAAAUUGUGAAAAACUUUAUGGAUCAGAUGUUUCAUUGAAUUUACACAUCAAAUUCAAACAUAAUGGAGGUAAUAAGAGUGAACGUCAGAAAAUAAUUGUAAAAUUAACUAUUAUUUUAUAAUAGAAAUAAUUGCAGGCCGGAGAAAUAUCUGAAAAAGAUAUUCAAAACAUCAAUCUACCACCUGUAUGAAAAAUACAUUUCAAUCCAAUAAUAAAUUUGAUUUCAAAUUAAUUUAUGUGUUUUACAAGAAUUUAUAUUCCGC